GACCCGUCUCUGCACAGUUUCUGUUGUGAAGAUGCAGUACGUGUGUGCGUUCAAGGUAAUGUCUGCGCACAUCUAAUUUCUAACACAUCUGUCUACUAAGAGUUUACACCUUCAUGGACCGACUCUCAAAGCAACUUACUCCAAAUCGUCUUUAGCGCAGUUUUCUUCUUAAAGGAAAAAAAAAAAAAAAACAAUUGCAAUUCCUAAUCGAGCAAGAAAUCACAUGACUGCUUCCACGCCGCUACAUUUAAAUGCCUCAGUUUUCUUUCUGAAAAGCUGUAAUGGAUAUCUGGAGGUGCUUUGAGAAUGGAAGCACUAGGAAACUUGAGAACGCGUCGCUGGUUUUGCUUCAGUUUGUCAUACCCCGAUUUAGGGAAAUGUAGCCGCAGUCCUCAUUAGAAUGUGAAUGUGCGUGUGUGCGUUUACGAUGAUGCAGUUUUGUGUUUAGUUUUUGCUCUGUGCAAUGCCCCUCAUCCACCAAAGAUUACAGACGCGUUUACUGAAACCUGACACACCCUCUCAGCCUGAUGCUCUGCAAUGCACAAUUCAUAAAGUUAAACCGAGCACAGUGUCGACUGGAGCCUCGUUAAGAGCCCUGACUGAGACACAGUGGACAUGGCGUGCUCCUGUAUCGGAGCUGCUUUCACUUCAAACAAAACGAGAGGCGGUAUGGCUGAGAAGUCUCUGGACCCUGGAGCUGUCUCCAUCCCCUUGGAAGAGACCAUAUGUAACGGGGGUGCCCAGGACACUCCCCUGCUCGUCUCCACACACCUGAAGAAAGUGGAGAAUCACAUCACGGACGCUCAGCGCUUCUCCCACCUGCCCAAGCGCUCGGCCAUCGACCUGGAGUUCACCGAGCUGUCGUACUCCGUGCGCGAGGGCUCCUGCUGGCGGAAGAGAGGCUACAAGGCGCUCCUCAAAUGCCUGUCUGGGAGGUUCUGCAGUCGGGAGCUGAUUGGGAUCAUGGGGCCCUCGGGGGCCGGCAAGUCAACCUUCAUGAACAUCCUGGCGGGGUACAGGGAGACGGGGAUGAAGGGUCAGAUCCUGGUGAACGGUCUGCAGCGGGAGCUCCGUACCUUCCGGAAGAUGUCGUGCUACAUCAUGCAGGACGACAUGCUGCUGCCCCACCUGACUGUCAUCGAGGCCAUGAUGGUUUCAGCCAACUUGAAACUGAACGAGAAGAUGGAAAUGAAAAAAGAGCUGGUGACUGAGAUCCUGACAGCCCUGGGUCUCCUGGAAUGCGCUCUCACUCGCACCCUCUCGCUGUCGGGGGGGCAGCGCAAGCGCCUGGCCAUCGCCCUGGAGCUGGUCAACAACCCGCCUGUCAUGUUCUUCGAUGAGCCGACCAGCGGUCUCGACAGCGCCUCCUGUUUCCAGGUGGUCUCUCUCAUGAAGUCUCUGGCUCAGGGCGGCCGCACCAUAAUCUGCACCAUCCACCAGCCCAGCGCCAAGCUCUUUGAGAUGUUUGACAAGCUCUACAUCCUGAGUCAAGGACAGUGUAUCUACAAGGGCUCCGUCCCAAACCUCAUCCCCUACCUGAAGUACCUAGGUCUGCACUGCCCCACUUACCACAACCCUGCAGACUUCAUUAUCGAGGUGGCGUCGGGGGAGUAUGGAGAUCUGAACCCCGUCCUGUUCAAGGCGGUGCAGGACGGCAUGUGCGUGAUGGAGGAGAAGAAGAACGAGACAGACAAAAGCGACGCAGCGUCCUCCUGCCCCACGCAGUGUCACAACUCCACUCCCAUCGAGAGCCACACCUUCGCUACCAGCACCCUGACUCAGUUCUGUAUCCUGUUCAAGAGAACCUUCAUCUGCAUCUGCAGAGACACGGUCCUGACUCACCUGCGGGUCAUGUCUCACCUCUCUAUCGGGGUGCUGAUCGGUCUGCUGUACCUCAACAUCGGGAACGACGCCGGCAAGGUCUUCAAUAACACCGGCUUCCUUUUCUUCUCCAUGCUCUUCCUCAUGUUCGCUGCCCUCAUGCCCACCGUCCUCACCUUCCCCUUGGAGAUGUCAGUCUUCCUCAGAGAGCAUCUCAACUACUGGUACAGCCUCAAGGCAUACUACCUGGCCAAGACCAUGGCAGAUAUACCGUUCCAGGUGAUCUGUCCCAUCAUGUACUGCAGUAUCGUGUACUGGAUGACAGCCCAGCCCCCCGAGGCCACACGCUUCCUCCUCUUCGCAGCUCUGUCCACGUGCACGGCGCUCGUGGCUCAGUCCCUGGGGCUGCUCAUUGGGGCAGCGUCCAACUCACUGCAGGUGGCCACCUUUGCAGGUCCCGUCACAGCCAUCCCGGUGCUGCUGUUCUCCGGGUUCUUUGUGAACUUCAACACCAUCCCCAAAUACCUGCAGUGGAGCUCCUAUGUGUCCUAUGUCAGGUACGGGUUCGAGGGAGUGAUCCUAUCUAUCUACGGGAUGGACCGGGCUGAUCUGGAGUGUGCAGAGGAGCUGUGCCCCUUCAAGGAGGCGAAGAGGGUGCUGAAGGAGCUGGACGUGGAGGAUGCCAAGCUCUACCUAGACUUCAUUAUGCUGGGCAUCUUCUUCCUGCUUCUGCGCCUCGCCGCAUACCUGGUGCUGCGCUACAGGGUCAAGUCCGAGAGGUAGAGAGACCACUGGAGAGAGAAGGAGACGCACACUCCUUCAGAUACCAGCCUCAAGGCGUCUCUCUGGCUGAAACACCGACUGGCGCGUACAUAUUGAGCAUUGGUUGCGAACAAAAUUUUGAAAACUUUUGUUGGAAACAUUUUACCUCCAUUGUGUUGCCUUGACAACAGGGUCCUCGGCCUUGUUUAAACUCUCACGGGAGCCAGCAGACAAAGUGGUGCUCCCGACAAAAAAACAAACAGUUCUUUAAACGGGAAUCUUUCUCUUUCAGUCCAGUCUCCAACAACCUUUUACUCAUCCUGGCCAAUGUGUUUGAUGUGAUAGCGGUACAUCCAUCUAUCUCUCUAUCUAGCUAUAUAUCUAUCGACCUAUAUAUCUAUAUAUAUAU